CUGAUCUGAGGGCGGAAGCGAAGAGAGAAAAACAAAGUGCGCAUCAGAGAAUCCGACAGAUCGAUACCUGAUCAGUCACCAGUAAUCAAUAAUCAAUAUCAGAAACAGGGGGACAGAUGAGCCGCGCAGGCGCAGAACACAGAAUUAUCUUCAGCCCGGGCCGUGUGCAGCUGCUCCAGGAGGAGGAAGCGAUGGUUCCGGCUCCGUCGGUUCUGGUUACCGGGGCGUCGGGUCUGCUGGGUCGAGCCGUCUGCAGAGAGUUUCAGAACGCCGGCUGGUUGGUGAUCGGGACGGCUUACAGGAGAGCUAGGCCACGCCUCCUCCGCUGUGACCUCACAGACGAAGACGCUGUCAGAGCACUACUGCAGGAGCACAAGCCUGACGUGGUGGUCCACUGUGCGGCGGAGAGGCGUCCAGACGUGGUGGAGAGACACACCGAAGCAGCCGUCAACCUCAACGUUCACGCCACCAGCACGCUGGCCAAGGAGGCGGCCUCCUGUGGAGCGUUCCUGCUCUACAUCAGCAGCGACUACGUCUUUGACGGCAGGAAUCCUCCGUACGGAGAAGACGACACGCCAAACCCUCUCAACAUCUACGGACGCAGCAAGCUGGAGGGGGAGAGAGAGACACUACGCCACUGCCCAGGCGCGGUGGUGCUGCGGGUGCCCGUGCUCUUCGGGGAGGUGGAGUCUGUGGCGGAGAGCGCUGUGACAUCACUGUGGCAGAAGGUUGCCGAGGCGACGGAGAGCUGCACGCUGGACCACUGCCAGCAGAGGUUUCCUACUGACGCCAGAGACGUAGCAGCUGUCUGCAGGAAGCUGUCAGAGAGAGACAGACAGGACCCGUCCAUCAGAGGAAUAUUCCAUUUCUCUGCUAAAGAGCAGAUGACCAAAUAUGAGAUGGCCGUGUCCAUCGCUGAGGCCUUCAACCUGCCGUCCAGCCACCUCAUACCUCUGACGGAGCAGCUGGCGGCCUCGGCUCUUCGUCCAAUCAACAGUCAGCUCAACUGUUCCCGCCUGGAGCUGCUCAACCUGAGCGUCACGCCGCGACCUUUCACCUCCGCCAUCAUCGACUGUCUCUGGCCCUUCACCCCGGACAAACGCUGGAGACAGACCGUCUUCCACUGAGAGAGAGACAGGCAGAGAGACAGACAGGAAGCUAGAGAGAGAGAGACUGACAGACAGACUGGCAGAGAGGGAGACAGGUAAAGAGAGACAGACAGGCAGAGAGAGGGAGACAGGUAGAGGGAGACAGACAGGCAGAGAGAGGGAGACAGGUAGAGGGAGGGAGACAGGCAGAGAGAGACAGGUAGAGAGAGGGAGACAGGUAGAGGGAGACAGACAGACAGGUAGA